CCACCCGCAAACCUACCCGUCAUAAUCCCUCGUCAUAGUCCUGAUUGCACACCGAGCAAUAUGAAGCCUACACUCGCGCUACUCUCCCUCUCUGCCCUCCCUCUGGCCACCGCGUGGGAACUCACCUGGCGCGACUCCUCCGGCAAGGCAGCCACAGAAGAGGGCACCGGUCCGUCGGAAUGUAUAGUCAUCGGCCACGCGAAGGGCCAACUCUUCGUAAUGGAUGGCCUCUAAAGCUUAAAGAACAUUAACAUGCUGCUCUUUAAAAAUGAUAAAUGUGAGGGUGAGCCGGCGGGAAUGGCGACGGAGUCGUUUGCGAAGGAGGCCAGUGUCGAUCUUAAAGGGUUCCAGGUCGUCGAGUAUGGUUCUUCCGAGACUGGGAGUGGGAAUGCGACGACAACGAAGACGACAACCGAUGGUGACGCUGAUGGGACUGUGACGCUUCCGACUGUUUCUUCAACGAGCACGAGUACGAGCACGGACGAUGAGGAUGGGGAUGACAACGAAGACGAGGAUGGGACGGUCACGCUCCCGACUGUUUCUGCGACAACGACUGCGACAACGACGGAUGAGAGUUCUACUGCCGAACCGACUACGACAACCGCGAUGGAGUCUGGUUCAGAUUCUGAGACCUCGUCUACUGAGCCUACAUCUACGGAGUCUGCUGGGGCCGAGGAGCCAACCCCUACGGGGGCAUCCUCCAGACUGGCUCCAAUCUCGCUGGCUGGCCUUGCCGCGGUGGUCCUGGGUGCUGUUGCGGGCGGCUUCUAGGGAGACUUAUCAUGAUGGGUUACAGUGCAGAAGUUAUGAUGAUGUAGUGAAAGAGGUCUUGGGAUAUUCAUGUAAUAAUGUAGCUGCUGCGAAUGGGUGAGACAGCGUGGAGUAUGGACAUGGCUUGGUUUUUUACCCGCCUGUACUGUAUAUGGUACCGAAUCAGAUGAAUCAAAUGAGGUGAAUUGCCGCUAUUGUUGUACAAGCUC